AUGAGAAACGGACAGAGGGCCAAGACGUACUGCACUCGUGAGACGGCUUGGCGGGUGUGCUGGAUCAUCCUGCCCAUCAGCAUCGUCUUCAACAUCCCCUACUUCCUUGCCUUCACCGUCGACGACCGUAUCCGGGAGACGGAUUUCUACAACGGACAGUACUACCAGGUUCACAACUGGGUGCGGUUCGUCGUGUUCGGGCUCGGCACGGCCCUGUUCCUGGCCGUUGGGAACCUGCUUCUCAUCCUGUCGCUGCGAGAGAGCUACCGCCGUCGACAGGCGCUGCUGUCGCAGCGCAAACACAGAGAGGAGAAGAGGCUCAGGGAGCAGUUCCGGCUGACGGUGACACUGAUCGGCAUCAUCCUGCUGUUCCUGGCCGGGGAGUUCCCAACCCACCUGGCCAGCCGGCAGUCGGCCGCCACCCUCAUCUACGGCGGCGACACGUCUCAGCUGAAGUCGAGCGGCUACCGCACCUUCAAGCUGGUCGUGUCCGUGCUCAUGGCCGUCCACUACUCCUGCAACUUCGUCCUCUACUGUGCACUCAACUCCAAGUUCUUGAGCAUCGUAUCGCGGGUGCUGCUCUGUCUGCGCUCCGAGGGCGACGCCGAGACGAGUGACCUGCGCGUCACGGCCUCUGACGUGCCCCGCGGGCAUAACCCCGCCUCCCGCGGGCCUAGCCCCGCCUUCCGCGGGCUUGACCACGCCUCCUGCGGGCACAACGCGGCCUCUCGCGGGGCUGAACCGGCCUCCCGCGGGCCUAGCCCGGCCUCCAGCGGGCCUGACACCGCCUCCUGCGGGCAUAACGCGGCCUCUCGCGGGGCUGAACCGGCCUCCCGCGACCGGCCCAGCCCGCAGCCGGCCGGCGCCGCCAACGGCCGGGUGAUCUGA